GAUAAGUCAUUUUAUGCAGGGUGAAGUAACUAUCGACCACUGCACUGCAUGUCAAUCGAACCCCUCAUUUCUACUCCUGCCCCUCCAUUCGUCCCCUCCCAUAGCCAACUUCAACUCAGUCCAUCGCCCGUCCACUACACAUUGAACCCAUUCUCUCAUCAAGCCUGCAGAACAACCAGACACAACCAUGGCGCCUCUGAUCGUCGACAUCCACACGCACGUCUACCCCCCGUCAUACAUGCAGAUGCUCCGGGCUCGCAAGACGGUGCCGUACGUGCACGACCCGAGCGACAGCGGGACUCCACGGCUGAUAAUUCUCUCAUCGGACGACGACCCAUCCAUCCGGAUCGACCAGCGCGGGCGGCCCGUGGACUCGUCGUACUCCGACAUCGAGGUGAAGCUAGCGUUCAUGCGCCGCCACGGCAUCAACAGCAGCGUGAUCUCGUUGGCCAACCCGUGGCUGGACUUCCUAGCACCGGACGAAGCGCAGAGCUGGGCGGAGCGCAUCAACGACGACCUGGAGGCGACCUGCGCGCGGGUGAACCACGCCGCGGACCCCGAGAACACGCGGGCGCUGCACGAGAAGGAGACUUUGUUUGCGUUCGGCGCGCUGCCGCUCAGUGCGCCCAGUGCGGACGUGGUCGUCCGCGAGAUCGAGAGGCUGAAGACCUUGCCCCAUCUGCGGGGCGUGAUUAUGGGCACGACUGGGUUGGGGAAGGGGCUGGAUGAUAGUGGCCUGGACCCGGUUUGGAAGGCGUUGCAGGAGACUGACUCGGUGCUGUUUCUGCAUCCACACUACGGACUGCCGGAUGAGGCUUUCGGGGGAUCCGAGGCCAUGAAUCGCUACGGUCAUGUGCUGCCCCUCGCACUGGGGUUCCCGCUGGAGACGACCAUUGCGGUGACGCGGAUGUUGCUGGCCGGGGUGUUCGAUCGGUUCCCGGGGUUGAAAAUCCUGUUGGCGCACUCUGGCGGCACUCUUCCUUUUCUGGCUGGGAGGAUUGAGAGCUGCAUCCUGCAUGAGCGCAAGUUCGUUGCCAAUGGAGGCGGCGUGCCUGGCCCACAAAGAAAUGCUGUAGUCUACGGUACUGCCGGCCUGAAAGCCGCGGUGGCUGCAGCCGGUGGUGCGGACCGCCUACUCUUCGGAACUGAUCACCCGUUCUUCCCCCCGUUGAGCAAAGAUGACGAGGAAUGGCCGAGCGUGACCACGAACUAUAAGGCUAUUCAUGCCGCCUUUGACGGAGAAAGCGACACCGUUGCAGGGGUUCUAGGCGGGAACGCGGCUCGCAUCUUGAACCUGAAAUGA